AUGAUUAUUAAAACAUUAGAUAUUUUCCCAGUGUCUCUCCCAUUGGUGCAGAUAGCAGGAGGGCACUGCUACCUGCUCGGGUUGACCUGCGCCAACGAGCCUCACGGCAGGUCUGUCUGGUCCAUUGGCUGUGGUCUGGGCGGCAAGCUAGGCCACGGCACAAAGUACGACGAAUGCCGCCCGAAAGAGAUCGCACACUUUAAAACCCUAGAGUUCGCCCCCACAGCCGUUGCUGCAGGCGCAUGGCAUGCUGCUGCUGUUGCUACUGACGGGAGAGUUGCCACGUGGGGGUGGGGCAGGCAUGGGUGCCUGGGGCAUGGGAAGGACCAGUCUGGGGCGGGUUUCAGCAAGGAUGACUCGCACGGUUCACGUGGCAAGCUCCGUCCAGCUGUGAAAGCAUGCCACGUGGCAGCAGGGGAUUACACAACGUUUGUGGUGGGGGAGGGCGGCGAGGUGUGGUCGUUUGGGAGCGUGGAGAGCCCGUGUUUGGGGCAUGGCGGCGGGUGGGAGAGGGAGGAGGAGGAGGAAGGGGAGGAGAUAGACGAUGCUGAUCUUCAUGAUAUCGUGUUGCGGCAGCACCGGCGGCGCUAUCGGGAUGUGAUGCAGCCACCCGCGGCGGGUGUCUCUGCUGGAGGAGCGAGCUACCCACCCACCUGCUUCUCUUACCCCUCUUGCUCUUCCCUCUCCCUUACACUGCCCACUCCCCCCACAUUCUCCUAG